AUUCUAUCUUCAUCCAUUAAACGUGAAACAAGGAUAGUAUGGCACAAAUGGCGUUGAUAGCGCCCUCCCCGAACGCAGUCGUAGAGUGAUCUAGAGCUUUGUGCUCUAAGCUGCUUUUUCUCUGGACCAAACCAACACAACCGUUUGUUGCUUUUCGCUAUCUUGGAAGAUUCCGAUUCGUCCAUUCAAAUUGUCUUUUUUUCGCGUUUUUCUUUCACGGACAAAAACGUGUGCGCUGCCUUACAACUUUUUUUUAUUUACGUUCUUUCUAUGUGUUUAUCUACAAUACAUAUUUUUGACUUUCUGACUAUUACGUUGUGUGUUAACGUGCCGCUUUUGCAGGUCAAUCAGUGUCCUUUAUUGUUUAUUCCACGGCUUUGUGCGUGAUAAAACUGAUGAAUUACAUCCUCCAAUCAUUAAAAAUUUGAUCGUUUGCAACUUCGCAAGCGUGAAAUUAGUAACGUGUGUAAUAUGGCGUACCAUGAUGCUCAUAUGGACGCCGAGCAAAUGCCGGGUGUUGAUCGAAUGGAUGCCGAAUAUACGAUAUAUGUGACGAAUUUGCCAAUAGAAUUAAAUGAGGAUGGUAUCAGAGAUAUUUUUAGUCAGUAUGGCAAAAUUAAGGAAAUGUUCCAUCCUCGUUGUGCCACAUGGACCUAUGUUACAUAUGGAACAUUUCGUGAAGCUGAAUUUGCUAUGCGAGAACUACAUGAAAAGAAACCAUUAUGCCUGAAAGUGGCAUUAGCAAAGGAGAGAUCUAAAAGAGAAGAAGUACAUUUUGAAAAAACGAAGGUGAUAGAUACUGCAGAUUCACCGCCGCCUAUUCACAAUGAUACAAAAUAUCAGAAUAUGGGCCAACCAAUGCAUCCAUUCCAUAAGCAUGUAAUGCCACAUAUAACAAUACCAUAUAGUAGUUUUUCAAACUACGAAUCAUCACCUUUGCCUUCAUGUUCACAAACACAUGGUAUCUAUGAGCUCGAGGAUCCUUACAUGAGUACUAAUAAAUUGUGGACAAGAGGUAUAAUAACUGUUACGCCAGAUGGAAAAAGACGUGUUUCUCUUGGACGUGGUUAUACACUGUAUGAAUAUCCAGAACCGCAUCCUAAGGUUGAAGAAUAUAUUUCACACAUACAUGAACAACGAAAGAAUGGAUUAUAUGAAUAUUCCAAAGACAAAUUUAAGAAUGAAGUGCAGAACUGUUCUGUUUGUUCUACAAAGACGACAAAACAUUGUGAAAAAUGCCGUACAUAUUAUUGUAGCAAAGCUUGCCAAUUGGAGGAUUGGCCACAGCAUCAGGCUGAAUGUGAACGUAUUCCGGCAUUAGUGGAAGAAAUUAAUGAUAUAUCAUCUUUGCAAAUUAAUCAAGAUGCAAAUCAAAUAAAAAUGACAACCUCAAAUGUUGAUAAACUGGCUAAAUCUGGUGAUGUGAAAUUGCGACGGCCUAAUACGUUUAAUGCGAUGCAAGUUGAUUAUUCGAAUAAUACGAGUGAAAAUAUCAAUGAGCAUGAAAGUAAUAUAGAAGCUACUCAUAUGUCUAUCAACAAUAUUAAGGAUAAACACAAAUCUGCAUCUCAACGUGUUAAUAAUAUUAAUGACUCUCAAACUAAAAUGGUAGAUCAACCUGUAGUAAAUGCCACAAAUACUAAAGAAUUUUCUCAGCAUCGAUUGCGCGGACAUAAUAAUACUAACGAGAGUAUUGAUCAGUCGAAAAACAAUAAUGGAUGCUCCCCAACAUCUAGCUUUGGCCGAAAUCAAUAUAGCCGUAAUUAUCAAAACAAUUCAAAAAAGCCCAGUCUUAAAGAAAGACAUGAUAAUAAUAGCAAUGUAAGAGAUAAAACUUACAAUAAUGGUAGAAAUGAUUCUCAAAGGAAUAGCUUCCAAAGUGACAAAGGCUCUGCCGAUUAUAAUGGCAAAGAAAAUACCAAUAGACAAGGAAGUAUUUCCAGUAAUAGUUCGGUGAACAACGAUUUAGCUUUUUACAAGGAUACACAGUUGUCAAAAACAAAAUUUAUAACUGUGGAAGUUAUAAUACCAUUAGAUAAUAAUGAAUAUUGGAUAUAUAAAUUAGAGGAUACAGAUGCACGUACGGACUUAAUGACGAAAUUACAAGAUAUCGCAACAAAAUCACGUCAUAUGCAGCCAGUUAUUGGUGAAGUUUACGGCGUUUUAUAUGAAAGUGUUUGGCAAAGAGCUAUGGUAGCAUCUCUGAAUCCUACUAAGGUCCACUUUAUUGACUUUGGUAACUAUGAGAUACUAGGAAAAAGUAGUGAGAUCAAAGAUAUUGGUGACCUGAUCAAAUUUCCUAAGUUUGCUAGAAAAAUUCGUUUGAUGCAAGGCACAAGUAAUAAAUAUAAAAUUCUACAGCGAGGCGAGAAGAUUUCUGUUAGAAUGUUGACUUUAAAUUCUGAGAAAACAAUAAUAGUAGAAGUUGAAGAGCAAUCUAUUGCAAAAAAUUUAUCUUCAUCUACAGAAAGUGUUUCAAAUGGUACAAAAAAAAAGUUAUUACCACAAAAGGAUAUUAAGGUAUCACCAAAUAAAAGUACAAAUGCUUCCACGAUUCAAAUACCUAGCGUCUUAGAUGCUUUGGCUGAUUUGACACAAAAUAGUUCAAAGUUGCAAAUUGACGGUUUUAUACAAUUAUUUGAAUCCACGCAAAAGAACGUUUACAGCGUAACUUUGCUUCCACAAGUUUUCAGUACUGAAGUAACGAUGAUCUUUGAAGAUAUACAAGAAGAAUGUUCAAAAAUACAAAUACCUGCAGAUUACAAACCAAAAGCAGGAGAAUUGGUUUGCGGUUACAAGGAAUGCUGGUACAGAGGAUAUAUUUCGACGUAUCCCGAUUCCAUUUUUGCAAUAGACGAGGCAAGAAUUCUUCAAGUAAAUGAAAUUGUACCAUGUCCCAAAAAGUAUUUGGAUAUUUGUGCCUUUGGAGUAAUGUGCGAAAUAAAUAAUUCUACUGUCUUGAAAAUGGAGCACAAUUACGAGUUUACAUCAAUUAUAAAUGAGAAUAGCAACAAACAAAAAAGUCUCGAAAUUCAAAUAUAUGUAAAUUCUGAAGUGGUACAGGCUGUACUGAGGACCUGGAAACUGACAAAUUUAUCAAAUUUUGAGUUAAAGAGUGGAUCUAAGAUAUGUCUUACAAGUUACCGAAAUCAUUAUUGUAUGUUUGCACGCUCUUUAGAAGAAGCGGAUGUAGAAUAUUAUAAUAAUGUUAUGCAAUCUGUUGCACAAUAUGCACAAACAGCACCAUACCUAACCGAACCUCCACCUGAUAAAGAAGUAGUGAUUGCGCCAUUCGAAGAAGAUGGUAACAGUUACCGUGCAAUGCAACAAAGCUGUGCGAUAAAAGUAAUCUUAAAAGAUGUACCUCGUGACAUACCCAUGAAUCAAGAAGUUGACAUGUAUCUUCGCCAUAUAUCAGGUACAGAAAUGCCUCUAAUAUGUACAUUCGAGGGUUUAUCCAAGGAUGGAGUUCGUUUGACGAUUGCCGACACAGGAGAAUGUAUUAAUGAUAAAAUAAAUCAGCUGUUAAUCCCAGGAUGGAAACAAGCAAAUAAUAAUGAUAACACAUGCUAUAUGUUCAACGACAUCAAAAUAGCAAGUUUAGGACGUGUGGGUGAUACAGUAAAUGCACUGGUAGUAUAUGCAGUGAAGGAGGAUGUAACAUCAUACAUGAUUGGUCCUGAAGAUUUUGAAUUAAUGACCCAUAUCUUCGAAGUGAUGCCGGCAAUGUUGAAAGAGUAUUGUGAAAAAAUGGAGUAUUAUAUUCCGAGAACGCAAGAAUUAUGUUUGGCAUUGUACGAUGGGAGUUGGUAUCGAGCAGUCUGUCUCAAUCCUAAGGAAUCACAAAGGACAGCUCAAAUUUUUUUUAUUGAUUAUGGGAAUGUAGAAUUAGUAGAGCAUAAAGAUAUAAGAUUAAUGCCCAAAGACUUUAUUUUACCUCAAGCAUUUGCGAAUAUGUGUAAUCUUGUCAAUUUAGCACCAGUCGACCGUAAUGGACAGCAUUCGGAAGCGGUACAGAAGAAAUUAAAGGAGUUAAUAACGGAAAAUUCAUUCAUCAAAAUUAAAAUUGUCGAAUACUCUGAAGAUGGCUGUUAUAAAAUCGAAGUACCAGACGUUCAUGACAUGCUAAUUAAACACAGUCUCGUGUAGUCUUCGUAAAAAUUUUAAUUUGCGUAUUUGAUAGAUUAUGUGAUCUUGUGUAGAAUUAAGAUAAUUUUUGAUCUUAAAGAUUUUUGAUCUUAAAGACUGCGUUGUCACUUAUAUAUUUUAA